AAAACCCCUCUAUAAAAUGCAUAUGUAGGGGAGGGGCUCAACUGUUGUUGCAAACCUAUUAUACUCCCCUAAAAAAGAUCCAUAAAACACUGACUAUACGAACUACAAAAUGCCUCUCUGGGAAGCAACAUUCAAGAAGGGCCAGCAGCACAUAAUAACAUUUCCCAGGCCCAUGACACUGACAGGAGCACUACUAUGUAUCGAUAAUCCAAACAAGAUCAACUUUGACUGCAAUAUCGAGAUCCACGUCAUGGAAGGCGAGGGUGAAAAAGAUGCAAUUGUGGGAGUAGUCGGGGGAUCGGCCAGCGGCACUACCCUGCCUGUACAGAAGAUGGGGUUGAAUAAGAGCCUUCCACACAGUGUACCACUCACGUUCUACACCAAGGUGGUUCCUGUUCCAGGCCAGAAAGGAAAAGGAUUGAAAAGUCUCAGGGAUGCUGAUUUUAAAGUACAAGUUUCUGGAUUCUCUGACUAACUGUAUAUAUGUAGCUAUAAUUAUAUAGUUCUGGCUUUGUGCAUUUUGAUAGUAGACCCCCUUCAUUUUUGUUUAGAUGUAGGAAAUUAAAUACAACAUUACGGUUUGCCAUAAUUUUUAUGAUGAGUGGAGUCAUAAUCAUUAAAUGA